UAACUAGAUAACACAUAACAUAUUUUCUUCUCAGCAAAAAUAAAACUACGAAAAUUACAAUGGAUAUCACAAAAAUCUCAAUCACCCUUUUCUUGGUGAUGACAUUGGCAAUUUCAUCCAACUGUGAAGUUCUGGCCGCAUCAAGUGAAGUAAAUAAGACAACAAACUAUGGAGAAUGCAUUUAUGAGGAGCUUUGUGAGAUGGGAAAGUCCGGAACUCAUGAAUGCUUCGUUAAGUGUUCUAAGAAGAAUAAGAAGUACACAGGAGGAAAAUGUAUUCCAAAAAAUCCAGAAUAUGGAUAUUGUUGUUGCACCAUAUAAAUAAUGUUGUUUUGAUAUCAUGUUGUUUUAAAUAUAUAUAUAUUUUUUCUUUAUUGAUGGUUCUCAACUUUAAUGGGUUUUUCAUUCAGUGAAAAUAAAAAUAAAAACCUAUUUAUCAUAAACUUUAUUACACGAGGCACCCAAAAUUUAUUGGGUUCGUUCUUUCUUAGAUCUUUGUUAAAUGAAGCAAAGCUUGGUAGCUUCAUCAUAAGAGAUGUAAUAUAUUGUUAGUUAGUUUAGGUCUUUAGAUUAUACUUUGUGUUAUUUGUAUAUCUAAAACUUAUAGUUUAGGUUUCUAUAUUAGAAAUUUAGAUUAUAGUUUUGUGUUAUUUGUAUAUUAAAUUAGGAUUUGUUAAUUUAUGAUUUGGUAGUUUAUGUAUGAUUUGUUAGUUUAGGUUGUUAGAUUAUAAUUUUGUGUUAUUUUACUAUUAAAAGUGUUACUGUAUAUAUAUAUAUUUAAAAAUAUUAUUUUAAAUAGUUUUAAAAUUUAAAACGUUUAAAAUUAGUAAAAUGAUAUGAGACAUAUAAUUUUUGAUAAAAGAUUUGAUAACUCGGGACUGGAAUUAUAAAAGGCUAGUGGCUUUCCUCAUCUUUUACUCUAUAUUAUGACAUUUGACUUAUUAGGCUAGAACACAAAACAAGAUGUAGACAACAUUAGGAAGAGCAACCAAAAGAAAGACUUUUGAUCCUCAAUAAUGUCGAGACAAAAAAAAAACAGACAAGGAUAUAUCCCCACAUGCUUGGUAGUUUCUUGGUGCACAAGAACAUUUGACUAUUCGCAUUUUCUUGUGUCACAAACAUAUCCUAAAUUACAUGUCCCUCUAUAAAUAUAUCCACACAUGCUUGGUAGUUUUACAAUUCAUCAAAAUCUCAAAGCAAAAUAAGCAAAAAUGAAGAGAGAAGGUCGUCAACACAGCUUCGUUAGGACCGGGAUGAUUCACCAGUCGGGAUUUAAUCCGAGUCCCUCCAAUAAAUUUUUGAAUCGGCUUGAUUCACCACCCGCUUUUGGAGUAUUUACCAAAGUACCAUCAAAGCCUACCAAUCAUUCAAAAUCCACAAAAAAAUGUGAGCGUGCCAAGUACAGUAAAUGCCAUGUGUCACCGGCUAUGAAGUCUGCCGUUACAUCCAAGGGUGGCCAAAAGUUAAAGUCGACCGAUUGGUGGGUUGAGGGUAAGCUAAACCAGCUGAUCGGAUCGGACUCCUCCUCUACUAGUGAUAUUUUGGAUGCAUUAUGUGGUGAAGAUUAUAGUGGUCAUGUUUAUGAUUAUGAUUGUUAAUCAUCUCAUUAAGAAAUUCGAAAGUUGUUAUUUUUCUUAUAUGCUUGACUUAGAGAACAUUUGUAAUACUGGUUACAGAAACAAAAAGAAAACAAAUGUUAUAGCUACGGGGGAAAAAUGUUAUUUACAGUAGUCGAGUCAAUGCAAAUUUUGUUUAGAAUGAUAAUGGGUCAUAGUAUCAUAAUCAUAUCUUUGACCACAUAUAUUGUAUUCCGCAUUUAACAUUCUAAAGAACCAUACAUGCAAAACGUACAAAUAUAUGUAUGGGAGAUUCAGGAUGGUUAAAAUAAAAUAAAUUAUCGAGAGAAUGAAAAAUUCAUAUAAAUAGAGCUUCACCAACAAAAAAUCAUAGAAAAACUACAACGUUCUGGCCGAGUCAGGUAUAACGAUUCUUACGGAAUGAUUCUUUAUUUAUUUUGUUAUAUCUUAGUUAUUUUUUUACUAAAUUAUUAUAUCUUAACUAUCCUUGAACAUUUUGAAAGCAGUAUAUGAACAUUUUUUUUUUGUGAAAAAAAACACAUAUGAUAGAAUCCGUGAUAGCCAUUUAUAUGGAUGUGUAAGAACUUUAGUUUACCAAAAGAAAAUAAAUAUUAGAUGGACAUGGCAUAUAAGAUUAUAGCCUUAACCUUAGUUGUGUUUGUAUGU